UCAAACUACGUCUCAAUAUAUAUGUAUGCAGUGUAUAUUGAUAUAUAGUUAGAAAUAUGAUUUUAGAGAAUUUCUUAACGUGCUGCAAAUUUUCCCGUGUGCUUCUAAAAUUUUGGAAGAAACAAGACAAAGAAAGCUUAUAUUUGUUAUGCUACAUUUUUAAUAAAAGGAAUUAAUUUCCAUUUGAUAGAGUAGGAGCGCUAAGAAAGGAGACGCCAUGUUGUCGGUAUCCUCUCUGUCGGAGUUUCCCAAAGGAUAUGUUGUCUAAUUUAUCUUCCUAUCCAAAAUACACGUAAGACCUUCUUCAACCGAGCUGCAAUGCUUUAAAUGUGAUACUAUUAAACUGCGGACCAUGGAAUUGAGCUAUAACUUGGGCCGCAAUACUCUAAGAAUUUAUUAUAAAGCACGAGUUUCGUAAAUUCAGAUCGAACGAAAUCACUAUGGGUAACCUGAGAAGAAACCUCAACAUUUUUUUUCGCGCAUAUUAGUUAUAAAUACUGUAUUUUAACGAGAGCACCUUUAUGAUGUGAUUUUGCUGUAAUUUUGUACAAUUGAAAACUAAAAUCACAUUUAGUUGAAAAUGAAAGGCUAAAUCGCAACGAAACAGUGUUUAAAAUAGCUAUUCUAACAAUAUUUAUCGUUCUUAAGUGAUAUUUUAAACUUACAAAUUUGAAUUCACUUAGAUACUUAAAACGCUUAAAACAAACCAUUACUCCCAGAACACAAUACGGAUUUACCCAUAACAUCUAGCUAGCAUUUUGAUAGGACUUGCAUGUUUUCCUCAAAAUACUUGAGAGGCAAUAGUGAACGAUCCUCCCCGCAUAUCUAUCCUUUGCUACAUUUUGCAAAUGGCAAAGAUAUUCAUAAAAUCAACAUUUCCUAACCUUAAAAUGCUCUUCUUUUUAUUCCAUACCAUUUGGUGUUGCUAACAAACUGAUUUGCGUUCGCCCACAUAUCCUUGCAACAGAGACCCUGAAAAUUUGCAGAACGCCAACGCCUACUCAAGUUUCACGUACAAAAGCUCCAUUUAAUUGCAAAAAGCUCUUUUCAUUUGUACAUUAGCACCAAAGAAAAAAAUCAUCAUUACAAACUUGCAAGAGGGAAAAUAAGUGUUAAUGAUUAAAUGUUUCUUUUUAAACGAACUCACCCCUUGGUGUAAUAAUAGAGUAGCGCUGAUUAUGGUAUGAGGGUAAGCAAAAUACUCUCUGCAACAAUUUUAAGCACCAAACAGGGUUCUCACAUUCUUGAUGAUAUUCGACAUUGCAGCGAGAAGCUUUAAAUGUGUUCUUGGGGGCCAGAAGCUGUCAGACCUUUAGCCGAGCAAGAUUGAUAGCGCGCAUACUUCCUUUCAGCUUUGUUUGCGGUAUAAGCAAUACGGAGGCCUAGCAAACCACUACCAUUUCCAUUCUGCCUGUUCCAAUAAAUUCCCAGCACCCUUGAAUUCCUCGUUCGCGAAAGAUAUUUUGUCGACGUGCUGGUGUAUUUAUAAAAUACUGCGUGGGCAUAACGAAUAUAAGUGUAUCGUGACUUAGCGUUCAUCCCCUCCCCCGCCCCACCACCACACACGCCCUUCACAAUUUAGAUUAAAGUAUAACUAAUUUUAUAAAGAUAAUUUAAAGAUAAGUUCUUGAAAGCGAACGAUCAGUUUACUGCUUCUGUUAUGCUACGAAAAGCCGCGUUUAACUGAAACUCCUUCGUUUCAUUUAAAUAAAGUCAUAUCUUUAUUCUAUCUAUCCAUCUGUUUUUCUGUUCCAGCGAGUUUAUCUGCGUGGAUGCUUGAGUGUACAUGUGUGUCGGUGCUUUGCGGAUGAUUUAAAUUUAGUGGCCUACUAUCACGAAGAGCUAAUCCGUAGAUGUUACAGAUUUCACAAAAUAAGAUUAUACAGUACCUUCAGUAAUAUGCCUUUUUUUUCGUUGGCCAUAAAUAAACGGCUAUUAAAAAAUCAUACAAUGUUGUAUCCAGAAUCAUCACCACAUUCGAUAUCCUGCGUGAAUUAUUGCCUCCAUACCGUAUAAAACUCAAAGAAUAUCCGGUACAGUACAAAUAUAAUAAUGGGGGGGGGGGGGGGAGACCGAACUCCCAGCGAAAGCAUGGAAGCAAAUGGCUGUAGCUUCGCCUUGUAACUUCUUAUGUGGCUGGGUUCUGGGGUCCAAUGUCAAAACUUUGAAGAUUAAUGGAUUACUUUGUUAAUGACUCUAGGCGUCAGAUUUAGGUGCAAGAUGAUUUGUGAGGUGCAAGUCGUCUUCGUGACAGUCGGUAACACACAGAGAAAAAGGAGCCAGCAAGUGUGCAGGAGACAGAGAGGGAGACAGUAAGAAACAAGCAGGGCUGUGUGAACUGAUUACCACGAGCUUUAAAACUGAAAUCUUUUACACAUUUAUUAUGGGAAGAUAUCAAAAAGUAGAAAUCAAAACACCGCUGGCCCAGAAUGAGGCGUUCCUCUCUGACUUUUUGGAUCAAUCACAUAGACAGUGCCUUCUUUUGAUUAAACCCCAAAUUGUCAUUGGGCAGACGCAAUCAUGUGACAGCGAAUUCGGUCCAAUUUCAACCUUGUCUCCAUGAAUUCAAUAGUUUAAUAGUAGCACGGUCCCCAUACGGCUGUAAUCAGUGAAUUAGAAAAAAAACAGCAGCGAUAUUUAUUUUUUUAAAACGGCCCAAAAAAUAACUAACACCUAACUUUCUCCCCCUACGUUCUGUGGAGACGGCAAUGAAUUACGAAUUUGAACGAGAAAUUGGUUUUAUCAAUAGUCAGCCGUCGCUUGCUGAGUGCCUGACAUCUUUUCCCCCUGUCGGUGAUACAUUUCAAAGUUCAUCAAUCAAGAACUCGACGCUUUCACACUCGACAGUGAUUCCUCCUCCUUUUGAGCAAACCAUCCCUAGCCUGAAUCCCAGCAGUCACCCUCGCCAAAGCCGGCCAAAACAGAGCCCAAAUGGCACAAGUCCUUUACCAGCCGCGACUCUACCUCCGGAGUACCCCUGGAUGAAAGAGAAAAAAAACUCCAAGAAGAAUCACCUGCCUGCUUCUUCUGGACCGGCAGAAUCCCGUCUUUCCCAAAAAGAAACUCGUGAAAUUCCGGAUAAUACAGGUGGGGGAUCGCGGAGGUUAAGGACAGCUUAUACAAACACACAGCUUUUGGAACUGGAGAAAGAAUUUCACUUCAACAAGUAUCUGUGUCGACCCAGGCGGGUGGAGAUCGCAGCCUUGCUCGAUUUGACUGAAAGACAAGUGAAAGUGUGGUUUCAGAACAGACGAAUGAAGCACAAAAGACAGACCCAAUGCAAAGAGAACCAAAACGGAGAUGGUAAAUUUAAGAAUUUGGAGGACAGUGGGCAGACUGAAGAUGACGAAGAGAAGUCACUCUUUGAGCAGGGCAUCAACAAUGUUACUGGCGCUCUUUUGGAUAGGGAAGGGUAUACUUUUCAAACCAAUGCACUGACUCAACAGCAGGCCCAGAAUUUACACAAUGGAGAAUCCCAAAGUUUCCCAGUUUCGCCUUUACCCAGCAAUGAGAAAAAUCUAAAACAUUUUCAUCAACAGUCACCCACUGUUCAAAACUGCCUGUCAACAAUGGCCCAGAACUGUGCAGCUGGCCUGAACAAUGACAGUCCAGAGGCCCUUGAUGUCCCUUCUUUACAGGAUUUUAAUGUGUUUUCUACAGAAUCCUGCUUACAGCUUUCAGACGGAGUAUCGCCGAGUUUACCAGGGUCCCUGGACAGCCCUAUGGAUCUUUCUGCUGACAGUUUUGACUUUUUUACGGAUACUCUAACUACAAUCGAUUUGCAACAUUUGAACUACUAAAUGAACAGUCGCUGUAAGCAAAAUAUGCCUUCUUUUAAACUCGUUUCCUUCCCUUCAUUUCCUUUCAAAUGGUCAGUAUUUCCCCCAUUUUAAUAACUUGAAUGUGUUGAGGAGCACCUAUAAUUUGCAAAGAUGAUUUGGGCUUUCCCUCAUAUUUCACAAUUUGCUAAUUCAGCAAUACAUGGGUCUACGUGAAAAUUACUUUAAAGAUAUUGACCAGUCGCUACUAUUACCUCUUUUACUUUUGUAUUAAGUUAGGGUGAAUUGCCAUUAAUAAUUUGAUAGAGUAAAGUAUUAUACGCUACAGGUAGCCACCCUGAAGCAUUUUCUCUCUCAGGACUAUUUACACUUAAUAAAUAUUCUUUGUUUUCUUUUUGACAUAAAUUCAUUAAUGAAAUCGAAGUG